AUGAGCAGCAUAGAUGCAACUCCAUUGAUGGAAUGUUUUCCUGAUGAUCCUUCUUAUCCGUUCUAUUCAUCGUUGGAUAUUAUGUCAACCUUCACAAUUCCACAUGUUAUCCAAGAUACUAAAACCAUAUAUGAUGGCUACGGAAAUGGAUUCGAGGGGUUGCAUGAUUUGGAGUUAGAGAAAGCACCGCCGCUGCCGCCACCACUGCCGCCGCCAUUGGGAUUGUGCCAUGAUGAUUCUAAUCAUCAAACCAGGGAAGAUCUUGUUGAAAACAAGAAUGUGUUUCAAGAGAAAGAAAAUAACAACAAUGUUUCAAAGACACUUACAAAAGAGAUAAUUAGCCAGUAUUUCUACAUGCCAAUAACAAGGGCAGCUAAAGAACUUAACGUUGGCUUAACAUUGCUUAAGAAAAGAUGCAGAGAGCUUGGCAUUCAAAGAUGGCCUCACAGGAAACUCAUGAGCCUCCAAACAUUAAUCAGAAAUGUCCAGGAAAUGGAGAAGGAGGGAGGAGAUAAGAAUGAAGCAAAGUUAAGAGAGGCGAUACAAAUAUUAGAGCAAGAAAAGAAAUUGAUGGAAGAAAUGCCUGACCUACAACUUGAAACUAGAACCAAGAGGCUUAGACAAGCUUGCUUUAAGGCUAAUUACAAGAAAAGAAAGCUAAUCAACAACAUGAAUAAUUACGAUAUUAGCCCUCAAUCGUCUUCUUCGGCUAGCACUUCUAAUGAUAAUGCUAAUUACGAGAUUAGCAAGGGUAAUAAUGAUGAUUAUGGAGAUGAUGAUGAGGAUGUUAUGGAUGUCAUGAACUUUCCUUACUUUUGUUCAUGA